AUGUCUGCAAGAUACGAUAGGGCUAUAACCGUUUUUUCACCAGAUAGACAUCUUCUGCAAGUUGAAUAUCCACAAGAAGCUGUCCGAAAAGAAUCUACUGCGGUUGGCGUUAGGGGAGCCAAUUUUGUCGUACUUGGAUUCGAAAAAAAAUCGGUAGCCAAGCUUCAAGGAGAAAUAACAGUGAGAAAAAUAUGUCUAUUAGAUGAGCAUGUAGUUAUGGCCUUUGCUGGUUUGACCGCCGACGCCAAAAUACUGAUCAAUCGAGUGCAAAUCGAGUGUCAAAGUCACAAAUUGACCGUCGAGGAUCCUGUUACAUUAGAAUAUAUAACACGUUAUAUAACACCGUUGAAACAAUAGUAUACUUAGAGUAAUGGCAAGAGACCUUUCGGUAUCUUUCGUCUUAUCGGUGGCUUUGAUUAUAAUGACAAACCACAUCUUUACCAGACAGAGCCGUCAGGUGUUUACUACGAGUGGAAAGCAAAUGCUACUGGUCGAUCUGCAAAAACAGUAAGAGAGUUUCUGGGAAAGUUUUAUAAUCGUGAAGAGGUAGUUACAGAGAAAGGCACUGUGAAGUUAGCUAUACGUGCACUGUUGGAGGUGGUCCAAUCGGGGCAGAAAAAUUCAGAAAUUCCUGUGAUGCGGCAUGGAGAACCCUUGGAAAUAUUGGAUGAAGAGCCUAUCGAAAAAUACGUAACUACGAUAGAGGAGGCUUUUAAUUUUGAAUUCGACUUGAAGUUUGAUUCGACUUUGAUAUCGUCGGAAACACAGUCUCCAACAGAAAAACAACACAAGCUAUUCGCCGUCGUUUACCACGAAGGCAAAAAUGCCAACAUUGGACACUACGUGGCCGAUGCCUUCCACGUCGGCUACAACUGCUGGAUUAGGUACGACGAUUCUUCGGCCAAGACCGUGUAA